UUUUGCAAAAAACUGAAAUAAUGUGUGUUCAGGGCAGUCGUCAAAAGAAAAAAAUCAUUUCGAAACGAAAUUUUCAUAAAAAUUGGUACAUUUCUUUGGUGAAUAACUUGUAACUUUAUCCGUGUUUAGAUAAUGAACAGUAAAAUGGAUGUAUGAAAAACAAGAGGAAUAAAACCCCGAGGAAUCCCUCUGCUAACCGUGGAAAAGAAAAUAAUUAUAACUUAACUUGCACGCCUCUGACGACACAAGUUGAAGAAGAGAACCAGACAGAAGUACCUACGGACAACGUAUAGACGGACGGACGGACGAACGACAGACAGACAGACAAUUUAAACGUCGCCGUCGUGCGCAGCAUUUGUUCAUCGCCGCAAAACUGACGCCGUUGUCAGUUUCAGAAGAGAAUUCGCCCAGAAAAGCAGAAUAAUUUUUUGUAUCGACUUAACAGACAAUAUUUUAAUGCCAAACACAUCGGUUCAACUUGGUGGUAUCAUUGUGUGUGAAAACAACGACAUCGAGCAGCAAAUACAUUAAAAUUGCAAUAAAAAAAGCCAACACUUUUCCAAGAUGAAGCCCAAGUAAUUAACCAGCCGUCGAUCGCUUUAGUCGAGAACGCGAACGUCGAACCAAACUACGGAAAAAAUAAAGAAAUGUAUACUUAAAAGCAGAAAAAGUGCAUCCGUGAAAACCAUUAAAAAGUAACACGCAAGUAUACGAGAGUGUGAGAGCGAGAAGACAACACCAUUUUUGUUAACAGCAACGAUCCAAACCUACAUUUAAAAAGCUGUUGGGAAUUAUCUAAACAAAAGACUGUCAUACAGAAUGGUUGUUGGCUCACAUCACAGCCGCCGUAGUGAAACUGCAACAAGAUACGCCAAUUCAUCAGCGGCUGCCACUGCCACUGCCGGCACUAAUUCAACCACUUUGAGUAGUGCAAUUGCUGCCGCCAACAAAACACACUCAAUGUCUUCAAAUGGUCAUUUCAACACCACAACUACCAACUCCACAAACAACAAUAGCCAUCAUACCCACAGCACGCAUCAUAGCAAUGGUAACAACAAUGGCUACCACCUGCCGCUUAGUGGGUUCAAUGGUUCCACACAUAGUAUUGUCUCACGGCUCUCGCAAUCAACCGGGAUGACUCCAAAAGAGUUGUCCGAAAAUGAUGAUUUGGCAACAUCACUUAUACUGGAUCCUCAUUUGGGGUUCCAAACGCACAAAAUGAAUAUACGAUAUCGGCCCUUAAAAGUGGAUACGGCGCAGCUAAAGUCUAUAGUAGAUGAAUUUAUACAAACACAAAGUUAUGAGUUAGCUGUGAAGAAAAUCUUCAGUGGGCCCUGGCUGCCUAGAAGGAAUAAAAAUAAGAUGGCUAUAAAGAAGUUGCAUGAUCAUAUUAUACGCUACCUGCGGGUUUUUGAUAAAGAUAGUGGUUUUGUUAUAGAAGCCUGUUACCGCUAUUCCCUCGAGGGCCAGAAGGGAGCUAAAAUUUGCGCCACCAAACGUUGGCAGAAAAAUGACAAAAUCGAAUGCCUUGUCGGCUGUAUAGCUGAGCUAUCGGAAGCCGAAGAGGCUGCUCUCUUGCACACGGGCAAAAAUGAUUUUUCCGUUAUGUAUAGUUGUCGCAAGAAUUGCGCCCAGUUGUGGUUGGGACCUGCAGCCUAUAUUAAUCAUGAUUGUCGGGCGAAUUGUAAAUUUGUUGCUACCGGUCGUGAUACGGCCUGUGUAAAGGUGUUGCGUGACAUAGAGGUGGGCGAGGAGAUCACCUGUUUCUAUGGUGAAGACUUUUUUGGUGAUGGUAAUUGUUAUUGUGAGUGUGAAACCUGCGAAAGAAGGGGCACCGGAGCGUUUGCUGGCAAAAAUGGAAGUGGCCAAUUAGGCGUCGAUUCUGCACUCACAAUUGGUCUAAAUGGUACAUGUGUUGUGGGUGAUGCCAAUGCCAGCGGUGGUUAUCGUUUGCGGGAGACUGAUAAUCGCAUAAAUCGUAUUAAGAGUCGAGCCAACUCCACAAAUUCCACAAAUACAGAUCUCACAAAUGGAGCUUUAAUUGAUUGUAAUGCCUCAUCCGCGAAUCUGAUAUCGGUAUCCGGGGUCAACAUCAAUAAUAACAAAACAGGAAUCACAUCCGAAACCGGCUCCAUUGAUAUGGCGAACAAGAAUGCAGGUGUUGUGGUCACUCCGUUAACAAUGGAAGAACUGCGGCAGAAGGGGAUGACAAAAUACGAUGCCGAAAUGGUAAUGGCAAAUGCCAUGCAACAUCAUCCCCAUCAUGCACAAUUGCAUAUACAGCAAACACAACAGCAACAGCAACAACAACAAUCCGGCCAAAUUGAGAAUGCUGAAAAUAUAACAAACUCCACACAAAAUCUUAAGCCCGCUGAAGCAACAUCACGUGGUAGUUAUAGGGAAAAUUUAAGGAAAUCGGCCCGCGUGAAUAGUACAAGCAGUACCAUAUCUUCAGGUUCGACCGAAGACUUUGCGAGUUUGGCAAAUACCAGCAUAACACGGGGAUCUGCGGCAAAAGCUGCCACCGCAGAUGAACCUAAGAAUGGUGCGGCUAUCACCACAAGAAGAAAUUUACGGAAAGGAGCAACUGCUUCAACCGCCGCAGGUAUGGGAGCUGGUAUUUCAAACCCCACCAAUAGGGCGUCACAAAGUUCUCGGUAUAGCACAACGACGGCCACAACUCGGCAAACACGCUCAGCUGCCGCGGCUGCAAUAAUGAAUUGCUCAUCGAAUUCUGAGUAUUCAGCAAACGAAGAUAACGUUAUACUAAUUUCCGAAUCAGAACCUGAGCAAAACGAUGUGGACACUUCUAUGGUGACAAGCUCUUGCCAACAACAAAAAACUGCGCAACAACAUCCCGCCCUGGAGAAGUCACACAAGAUUGUGACUGAAAGUGGUGUUAACCAUUGUCAUGGAGAGCUUUUGCAUUCCGACGAGAAUAGCCUUUGCAAACAACAGGCGCAGACAGUUGCUGCACAGCAACUGCCUGAGAAACGCGUGAGGCGUAACGGUGCUGUGCUGCACUCAGCAGUGUCGUCGAGCACACGAGUCUUGCGACACACUCACCAGGCGGCAAAUUCAAGUACGAGGGCAGCGUGUUCGGGAACGUUGCCGCCGACAUCGGUAACCACGGAAGAAGCUAGGGCCGUUGUAAAUUGUAAUAUUACAAAAAUGUAUACAAGUGUAAAUCAUAAGAGUACAACAAAUAGCGGUUAUACUAACCAUCAACUGAAUAGCCACAAUAAUCAUAUCCACCAUCAAAAUCAUCAGCACCAGCAUCAGCGUAAUCAUCAUCAUCAUCAUCAUCAGCAGCAUAAUCAUCUGCAUACGCAUUCGCAUUCGCAUAGAAAUCAUCAGCAUCAGCAAAUAAAGCAAAGCAGUGAGACUGCAACAGCCAUAGCAACAAAUUUCGAACAAAAUAUUCCAAAGGGUGAGAAUAGGAACAACAUCAGUAGUUGUAGUAGUAGUAGUAAUAGUAGUAUACAAAAGAUCGUCGGCAUAGUCGAUGAUGUUAAUGUGGAUGAUGUUGUCGCAGAUGAUGAGGGGGCGGCGGUAGUAGUUGUAGAGCAACAGGAAGUUAAGGCAGGCCCGAACACACAUCAUCCUAAUGCAAGCAAAGGGAAAAGGAGCACUUCCAGCAGUAGCCCUACUUAUAAAAAGAAUCUAAUCGAUUCAUUUGAAGAAGUUGCCGAAGGCAAUGGCGGCGUCAGUAGCAGCAGCAGCAGCGGUAGUAGUAACAUUGAUGAUAACGAUGUUAGGAAUUGUCAUAGACCUCAAGAGAUGGUGGAGAAUGUUAAAGAAGAGUUGCCACUUCAGCAGCGGCUACGUCGUCAUGUUGGCCGUGCCAGCUAUUUCCACGAAUCUGUGAUAUCCGAAAACAACUUUCAAAAGCAGUCAGCGGGUAGCGGUAGCAGCAGCACUAUUUGCUUGCGCAAGCGUCAGCAUACAAACACUGAAGCCACAGCGGCUACGAACAUUGUUGCUGGUUCAACAUCCGUGGCCGUGGCAAAUGGGCCUGCACCUCCAAUAGAGCCGUUGCUAAAAACGCCCGAGAGAAGACUUAAAUUAACAUUGCGCAUGAAGAGAUCUCCGAUUUUGGAUGAGGUCAUUGAGUCUGGUACCAGUCUGAGUGAUGAGAGUAGCUCCGUCACAGGAGUUUCAUCUUGCAGCCGUUCUUCCUCCGAGCCGGUGGAAUACGAAAUUCUACGUAUGGAGGGUAUAACAGAAAAUGGGCUGGACUACGAGGAUCAACAGCAGGCAGUGACACAACACAAUAAACGCAAGAAACGUCACAAGUCGAAAGAUAGGCAUCAUCAUCAUCACCAUCACCAUCACCGUAGACAUCAUCACAGACGCAAUCUCUCAGCCAUAGAGGAGCUGGAACAUCAUAUGGAAAAUGUUGUAGAAGCCAAAGAAACCACACCGCCACCCACACAAACGUUGUCAUCGUCGUCAUUGGUUUCAUCGUCGGUGGUGUCGGCCACUAACACCCAAAUGACACCACAAAAGAAACGCUUACGCUUGAUAUUUGGCAAUGAAACGCAUACUAUAGACAUUCCACCCACUUCUAACACCCAUAACGACAGCAGUUUCAUGGAUGAUUCAUUAAAUGAGUCGUCUUCGUUUAAUACUUCAAAUAAUACAUCGGCGUCUGCACUGCAAACCUCGUCGGUAUCCUCCAAUUCAAUGGUGAAUUUGUCAUUGACAUCUUCCACGGAAGCGGCAGCUUCGGCUUCACCACCGCCCUCAUCCGUUUCUAAUUCCUCCUUCGUUUCUGCUUGCAGUGGUGGUGAUAGUGGUGGUGGCAGUGCUGGUGGUGGUGGUACUCAAGGUAUUUUCUCCUUGGAGGAACCAAUCAAAGAUCAACCUUUGAAUCUUUCUUUGGGAGCCUCGCCAAAACACAAAUUACAACAACAGACAAUACAGAACCACUCAUCGUCAUUGGCAUUUUCCAGCACUGGCGGCAUUGGUGGUCUAGAGGUCCUAUCCACAGCCGCAACCAUGAUGUCAACCUCCUCUUCGAUAUUUCUGUCACAGGCCAUACCCAAGCACACCUUCGGUUCGUGUGCUCUAAUAGCGCCAUCUUUCACCCGUAAUUUGGUUAACAACAAUGUCACCAUCACCGCCAGUUCGGCUGCCAAUAUGUCUCCUUUACGUUUGUUAACUAAUAACAAUGCAAAUAGUAGUUGUAGUAGUACUCAUAACACCCAUACUGCCUCAUCAUUACCUUUAAGCCUUACAGCUACGGUUACCGCCGCCACAAAUACAAAUGCAAGUGCGACAUCAAGUAAAAAAAGUACUGAUCUCUUAACUCCACAUUGACCUUUAAUAAUCACACAAACCGAAACUCUAAUUGCAUCGUCAUAGUGUUGUUUGUUGUAUAUGUACAUAAGUAUCAAAU